AUGUCAGGAUCUAGCGGAUGGACUCGUGUUGAGUCCCUCUGUAAUUCCAACCCUUCCAAAUCAGCGGAAGAGAAGGUCAUUGCUUUGACCACAGACCUCCCACAUUCAGACUCUGUCCCCUUCUCGCGCUCAGCGACCUCCUCCUCAAACUCAAUUCGCUCUGGUCACGAGUCCCCUAUUGGCAGCUCUCGCAGCUCCCGGCGGGGAGGGCGAGACCUUUUUUUGAGCGGUCUCUCAUCCUUCUCAGAUGAUACAAUCAAAUUAGUAGCAAAUGCUAAGCACGCUGCACGAGAAAAUAGCCGUCAAAAACUCCUGCAACUCGGUUGGGAGAUCGAAGAGGCGAAACUCAACAAGCUAGUCCUCAUAGCAUUUGAGGACGAGGAGAAGCAGCGCUUGAAAAUGGCAGACUCGGAUUAUCACCUCUUCAAGAAGCUCCUGGUGGACCGGGAUAUUCCGGCCCUAGACCAGGAUGUCGAAUGCCUUGCGGAGUCACAUGAUAGCGAACUCGAAGACUUAGCUACAGCCGACGAACAGCUGUUCCAAAUGUCGUCCAUAUCAUCGCUUGCUACCAAAUACGUCUCCCACAGGUUCCCCCAGAACAGUAGCGAUACGGAGUACGAACCUGGUGAGGAGGAACAAUAUGACAAGUAUAAUCAUAGCGACAACAGUAGCAACUCGGACAAUGACGAGGCGGAAGCCAAUUCCACUACCAGCAGGCGAAAGCCCAACCCCGCAAGAAAAGGUUUCCGGCCUGGAGUCAAUUCAGAACUCAACCCCAGUGGGCAGCCAGUCAUCACUCAACUCAACCUACUCGGUGAUCGCGUACAAACGCCUGAACAAUACCAGGUUCAGAUGAAUCCCUCCAUGCAGCAUCCCACGCAUUCCCAUCAAGCGUCAACGGCACCUCAGCCCCAACAGUAUCAACUACCGGUACCACAAUAUCUGCCGCCCCCACCCCAUCAGCACCAACCCCAGCACCAACCUCCCCAGCAGUAUGAGCCUCCGCCGCCGCCCCAGUACCAACCUCCCCAGCAGUAUGAGCCGCCGCCGCAGCCCCAGUACCAACCUCUCCAGCAGUAUGAGCCGCUGCCGCAGCCCCAGUACCAACCUCUCCAGCAGUAUGAGCCACCGCCGCAGCCCCAGUACCAACCUCCCCAGCAGUAUGAGCCGCCGCCGCAGCCCCAGUACCAACCUCCCCAGCAGUAUCAAGCUCACCAGCGGUAUGAGCCCCAGCAGCAUCAACGCCACGAAUGGAACACGGGUACGGCGCAGUCGCAGGCGUAUGCAGGCGCAUUCGCACUUCUCCAGGGUGAAGGAUCAAGGCUGCCGUCACAACCAGAUCUCGGGAGCGGGUCUAUGGCCCCAUGGGGGGUUUCGCGACUCAUUGCCCUUGCACCCUACCAUGUGGGAGAGAACGUCCGUGGGGAGCAAACCCAAGGCGUUAUUCGUCGCACAAAACACGUUUCGGACAGCGGGAGACGACGACAAAAGACGAACCUACCUCCCACACCCAUGAUACCAGUAGCCAAUGCGCCCGAGGAGCCUGCAGCACCUAUUUCGACGCGCAUCGCACUCGAUUCAAAAGAGGUGCGACAGUAUAAGGAGCUCGCUAAAGAGAAACUUCGGGGCUUGAUCGUUACGGUGGCUGCUAAUACUGACGGUGCUCCGAAUGACGCAAUGCGCAACACGAUGAUCGAAACCGCGCUGCAAAACGCACGAAUUGAGCUCUACGGUCAAGUGGAUAUCGAGAACAUCAAAGGUAUACAUAACUACAUGGUGGCUUCAUUAGCAGACAUGCGACGCGCUCUCAAAGUACAUGCGCUCAAUACCGUUCCGCUAGGCUACAGCCUCCGCCUACCUUUAUUUUCCCUGCUCGACGAGGCGGCGCACAAACGGGACACAAUCCAAACGCUGCUAGACGGAGGGAGGUACCUACAUUUGUAUGAGCAGACUGUCGACGACGUGGAUAUCGAACGGCUACUCGAAAACGAGGUCCUCGUCAACAUGGUUAUCGACGUGUUGAUCGGAGGUUGGGACGCCAACUUGGAAGGCCCAAUGGACCGAGUGUUCGCAUCCUGCGGCGCUGCGAUCUAUUGCCGAUUCACUGACGUGUCAGUGAAUUCGGCCACGUUCGACGAUGCAUACCAAGAUAUCAUGGCGAUCGUUCGAACUAUUCGUGCUUCGGAUGUCUUGAGUGCGAGUUUACGACGUAAAUUCGACGUCCGAGUCCUCCACCAAUCGCCUGAGUUCGCUACUGAAGUCGUAAGUGUUCAUGUAGCAUCAGCAAAAGACCUUGAAAUUUCGCUUGUCAAAAGGAAGUUUGAUGCUUACGGUGAGCUUACGGCGCUGGUGAUGGAGCAACGCGAUUGGUGGAACAAACUUUUCCGUAGUACACUGUAA